CUGCACACUGCAACAUUGAGCAAACACAUCCCCGUCUCCUCAACUUCUCUCAGCAUGGCCACAGCUCCUGCUCUGAUCUGCGGACUUCUCAUCUCAGUUUAUGCUCGCUUUGUCUCUGUCCAAGCAAACCAGAAUGAAAUUGCAUCCCUCAAACUGCUUGUUGAAUUCGGGAAAGAACUCCAGCUCUCCUGUACCAUACCUCAUCAGAAUAACAAGCGGAUUAUACGAUGGCUCCAGAAAACAAGUUCCAUGGAGGAGUGGGAAGAGAUCGCUGAGUUAUCCGGAGUCGGGGUGCCAGUGGAUGAGGAGAGAUUUAAGGUCCUUGAGAAUGGGACACUGGUGAUCCUGUCCGUGAGUGUCGAGGAUGAGGGGCAGUUCAAGUGUCAAGUGGGGAAGGAUGGUCCGGAGGACCACUCCGUGACAACUGUGGCUGUCUUCAAGUCUCCCACCAAACCUGUGUUGGAUGUGCGCUACCAGACCUUUACAGCCGGAGAACUGUCUGAGAUUGGGACAUGUACAUCAAGCAAUGGCUAUCCUGUCAGUAACAUUACCUGGUAUAAGAAUGGCAGAUUGGUGGUUGCCAAUGGAAAUGAAGUGCAGACCAAAGUCCAUAAUAUAAUGAACCAGAACACCAGGCUUUACACAACAGAGUCAACACUUUAUUAUACCCUGAACAAGAGUGACAUAAAUGCAGAGUUCUUUUGUGAAGUGGUUUAUCCUUCCCAAGGAGGAAUUAAGACACUGAGCUCCCAAUCCCUUAAAAUUGAUGUGCACUAUGCAAUAGAGAAUGCUGUGAUAGAAGUGGAGCCCUCCACUGAGGUGAUCAAUGAAGGCGAGAGCGUUCACCUGAAAUGCACGGCUGACUCCAACCCUCCACCAAUAGAAUACCUCUGGGAAAAGGAUGGGAAGCAGAUCAGCACCUCGGCCCAGUACACAAUCCAGUCUGUGACCAAGAGCGACGAAGGAUAUUACCGAUGCACUGUCUUUGACUUCAACUUCAUCAAGCAGUCAGCUGUGAGGAUAAUCCAAGUGAAGGCAACAGAGAAUAACAAUGAGUUGGACGGAAGAAGAGAUAUCCCUCCUCUUGCUGAAAAAAGCCGUUCACUAGGUCAUCAAGGAGGGGACAAGCCACUGAACAGAGCCUGGAUGGUUAUUGGGAUUAUUGUGACGUUAACACUUGUAGCAUUCUUUGUCUCCGUCGCAUAUUACUUCUGCUACUAUGGGAAGGAGCAGGAAAAGAAAUCCUUGGAGGAUAUCGAGGAGAGAACUGCCAUGGAGCCAGAGAAGGUCCCUCCUACAGAAGUAAAGGUUGAGGAACAGUGAGCUCUAGGAAGGAAUAUCCAUCCUUGUCGACCUGCAGCAAGAAGCCAAAAUGAAAGUCCUGCCAAAGAUCAAGCAAGCUUGUGUACCUUUAACUUUUGAGUUUCAUUGCAUCUUAAAGCCAGUACUUACAGCCUUAUCAAAAUGAUUAUCUAUCAAGAAUUUGGAGAACAGACCUGCAACUUCCGCUAUUCCUGGAGGUUUUAUUUAGUUCUUUUCCUUGGGAAAUAAGAUAGAAUAUUUUGUUCCUCACCUCACCUCCAUGUCCCCUGUGUUGUUCAGUAGAUGGCCAUGUCUGAUGCCACAAACAAAGGCCAUUCCUUUAAAUUUGCUGGACUGCUAAUGUUCCCAUUAGCCAGCUUUUUUAAUGCCGAACUGCUCCAACCAGGACUGAAAGUGGCAGUAGAAGCCAGACAACUGUAAUGUAUAACAGUUUAAACCUUGACAAACUGGUCCUUUUUCCACCUCAAGUCUUGCUUAUUGAAGUUCUCAGGCAAGCUUGACUGCGAAUGGUUUCUGCACCUAUUCACUGGCCACCAUCAGUACACAGCCCUCCCAUCACUUUAAUCCACUGACAGAUUUAUUUUUUUCUUUACGUUCCUUCUAUGGUGCCCAAUGUCAAACCUUAUCCUUUAAUUAGAGCUAAGUGCUAAUUCCCCACAGAUCAACUUUGCAUCUUGAGUAACUGGGAUACCGGUUUGCAGGAGUCCCCCCCCAGUCUCACACAGUAGUGUUUGCCUUCGAAUUCCCUCCAUAAAACUCCUUCCUCCUUAUUAAAAGCCAUCCCUUUGACCAGGCUUGCACUCAAACUGUAAUGAAAUCUCUUGGUCUAUAGUUUGGCAAUAUAUUACUGUUUUAAUAAUACUCUGAAAGCCCUGUCAUAUUUUACAAUAUUAAAG